GAUUUAUGUAGCAACUCACCAAAAUAUCAUAUUUGAAUUAGAUACAAUCAUAAUAAUUUGAUAUUGAAUUGAUGUCUGAAGAUGUGGGAUUUACUUUAGAUUAAUUAAUGGAAUUGGCUGGAUAAAGUAUUGCAAAUACAGUUGUUUAAUUAAAUAAGGAAGGAAAAUCUUAUAAUAAAAUUUUAGUUUUAUGUGGACCAGGAAAUAAUGGAGGAGAUGGUAUUGUUUCAGCUAGACAUUUAAAAUAGUUUGGACUUUAACCUGAAAUUGCCUUAUUUAGAGAAGUUAAAAAUCCAUUUUUUAAUAGAUUGCUAAAUCAAUGUAAAUACAAUUUAGUUCCAAUUCAUUAUGAAAUGUAAGAUUUUGAAAAAUAUGAUUUAUUAAUCGAUGCUAUUCUUGGAUUUUCUUUUAAACCUCCACUCAGAGAACCAUAUGAUAAACCUAUUUAUUAAUUAAAGACAACAAAGACUCCAAUAUUAUCAGUAGAUAUUCCAUCUGGUUGGGAUGUUGAGUAAGGAAAUACUCAAGAUUUAUUUACUCCAGAAUAUUUAAUUUCAUUAACUCUUCCUAAAUUAGGAGUAAAGAGUUUUAAGGGAAGACAUUUUAUAGGAGGAAGAUUCAUUCCAUUAAAACUUUAAGAAAAAUAUAAUUUUAUUGUACCAGAAUAUUAAGGAAGUGACACUAUUUUAGAAUUAUCAAAUUUAUGA